AGUAGCCAAUCAUAGAGUCUGUUGUUUAAGAGUCAGUCAGUUUGAAAGCAAGCUUUUUCUAACUGACGGAAACAGAAAAGCGUGGUAUCCUGCAUAUAAUAUAAAACAGAUGUCCUCAGACGAAGAGGAACCGACCAGUCCUGUUCUGCCCAAGGACUCUGAUGCAGGCAGCUCUGUCUCCUCUGAGCUUCAGGAUGAGUAUGAGGAGCUCCUCCACUAUGCUGUGGUCACCCCCAAGCUUGACAGACUCACCAGUGCUCACUUGCAGCGGCUGGGCACCUCACAUCUGUCUGCAGAGGGUCGGCCUUCCCAGAGAAAAGAUAACACAAAAUCACAAUGCCCAGCAGAUACUGCCACUGAAGCUAAAGAUGGAAGGCAUUCUAACAGUAGUGUGAGAUCACAGGUCUCUCCCUUACUUGUUGAGCCCUCCACACGCUCAAGAGCCUCUCAUGCUGAGGAGAUGGCAGGUCGGUCAUCUAGCAGGGCGUCAGUGCUCUCAAACACUCCCUCAGACAGGUUACAGACAGUGUCUGAGAGGUCUAGGCCAAACAGCCCGCCCGCCUUCGAGUCCACUGUGACAGAGAUGUUUAUAUCAGAGGAGAACAUAAGCAAGAUGGAGAACAUUCUGGAUACGUGGAGCAACAACCUGAAGACAAAUGUGCUGACUGAGCUCAGGAAGUGGAAGCUGGCCUUUAUGGAGCAACACAAGCUGGAGAUGCGAAAAGAGAGGGAGAGGUAUGCAGUCCAGACAGCUGGCUUGAGAUCAGAGCUAGACAGCCUGAAGGGGCUGCUACACACCUACGAGACUUCCAACCAGAGAAAAGAUGAGGUGAUUGUGAACCUGAGCCAGGUGCUGGACAGACAAAAAGAAAAGCUUGAAAAAAUGAGGGCCUUCUCCCACUGGAGACUCCAGCACACUGCUGCCAAAGAAGAGGCUCAUGCUGCUCAGGUAGCGCAGCAGCACUACAAUUUGCAGCUGAAGAAGAAGGUGUGGUUUGGCUGGCAGUCUCUGAUCCAGAAACACUGGAAGGUCAAGGUGGAGCAGGCUUGCCGUGCAAGGGCUGAAGAGGUCUGCACCCGCCUGUCUACAGAGUAUGAGGCCAAGCUGGCAGAGCACUGUGAGGCUCUAGAAGGGGCCCAGGCAGAGAUCCAAAGACUGCGAAUUGAGCGAGAGCUCUAUGAAGAAUCUAUGAAGAAAGCCUUCAUGAGGGGCGUGUGUGCUCUCAACAUGGAGGCUCUCGGCAUGUUCCACACUACAGAGGGACGGCCGGAGCCCCAUCCAGUUCAUGAUCAGCAUGAUAAUCUGCCACCCCAGGAUGAGCCUGGCUCUGCUACAUUGGCUCAACUUCAGCCAUAUCCCAUCUCUUCCACACGGUUCAGCCCAGUCCACUUUGACCGCCCGGACCCUUCCCACAGCGAAGUAGAGGAUAUGGUGGACUCUGGUGCCCCAGUGUCCAGGGCAGAAAUGAUCCCUCCUACUACAGUGGUUCACAGCUCACUGCCACUUGGGGGCACUGCAAUUUCCCACAAACAGGUGAGCAGUCGUGUCGUCACAGCCAGUCAACAAAAACCCUCAAAGACUGUAACGGCUCGCAUCACUGCACGUACGGACGUUGGUAAAGCUGCCCGCAGCAACCUCCAGGUGAUGGGUGUGGCUCCACCCAUGACCUCUGUGAUAGUUGAACGCCAUCAUCCUGUUACACAGCUCACCAUCGGUCAGGCGAUGGCUUCUAAGUUUCCCCGCCCCUCCCAGCAGGGCCAAAGCUCCACUGGAGGCAGAAGCUCCUCCAGAACACACACCAGCACGUGCCAAGUACACUCCAUCAAAGUAGUUGACUGACCACAAAUACAUAUCUCAGACAGGAGUGACUUUGCACUUGCUUUCCGCUUUAUUCAUUAGAAUAAAUUAGAUUUUUUUUCAGUUUACUCUCGUGAUUGUAGAUAGUUUAUUAUGUGUCCUCAAUGAGGACAUUUUCUAAUGUGCACGAUUUCUUGAGCAAUAUUAUUUUUCUCAGGAAAGUACUACACAGACACAGGUGUUUAGAACUGCACACGUAAAUUUUUUUAAUUAUAACCAGCUGGACAGAGUUUAGAAUUGCAAAAUGGACAUUUAUUUCUAGAAAAAUGUUUUACUCUAAAUUAUGCACAGGUGAGACUGUACUGUAAUGACUGUAGUAUUUAUUUUAUUGAUGUUUUUUUUAAUGACACGGACUGUUCAACACCACAGGUUGUUUGCUUUAUUAAACCAAAGCCAUAAUGAUCUGACACACUUUUAUUUCUAAAAUAAAUAAUUUUACUGGUAACUUUCUGUAGAGAUCAGUAGUUGAAAAGGAUGUAAACAUGGAGUUUUUGUCAUAUCCAUAUGUUGCAGUGUUCAUCCUCAUGAAAUGCUGCAGCUCUUACUGCUGGAACUCUCUGCCUCCAUCCGAAUCUUAUCUGUAAGACAAAUUAACAUGUUCUGCAAUAAGAUUUUGGCACAUGUCCCCUGGCAGCACAGCUAUGUGUAUAGAUUCCUCAGUAUAUUUGUUUUGAUUUAAAAAAAUUUAAAAAAAUAAACUGAAUGCACCUGCA